CUAAGAGAGUUUUCCGGGUAGGAGAAGAGGCCUUACUUAACCCACUCCAGCUCAGUCGUUACAAUACCUGAGCCAGGAAAACAGAGAUCGUCGCCAGUUUUUUGUUUAUCUCUGAGCACGGGUUAUCAACAUGUAUCAUCUAGUCAGCUGGAUCAUACGUAAGGCAGAUUAAUGUCCAUGCUGAUAACGAAUACGCACACCAGUUCACAAUAGCAGUCAGAUAGUAGGAUAGUCUCGCUACUGAUAACAGUUUAUCCAGCCACUGAGUUUUGUGUUUGAUGACAGCACACAGCAGAAAAAAUAACGGCCACCCAUCGAAGAACUUCUCGCCGAAGUAAGCCGAUACCUGCAGAUAUGAAUAGGGACUUAGUGUGACAUAACGAGACCUCAAACAGCUGUAGGAAGUAAUAUUGCUCGUCACGUGUUUGAACUGAAGCAUAAAAUGGCUGACCAAAGUGACGGGAUGUCGUUCAAGUACACGGUGGAGGACGUGCAACGUCUGACCUCCAUCACGGGGGCCAUGGAUUUCUGUGAAUUCCACGAGAUUGACUACGGGGACUUGGAAACUAUGGACGACAUUAAAAAUCUGCUCUUGUUCAAACUGAAGAAACAAACAGCUAGACUACCGGCCAGUACAAUGAUGAAGAAACUCAUUGAUGAAGACAUCAAGAAACGCCAGGAACUUUCACGAGUGUAUGGAAAACUCCGAGAAUUUAUGAAUAAAGUCGACGACAAGUUGAAGUUGCAAGUGGAGACAGCAAUUCCGAACUGCAUCGCUAAAAUAACACAGUAUAACCACGAACUGGUGAAAGACGAGUGCCCGAUCUUGGUAGCCGGCGAGACAUCAGCGGGAAAAAGCAGCCUUCUGAAUCUACUCUUAGGGGAGGAGGUUCUCCCCUACUCUCUACUGAGCACGACGUCCACUCUCUGUCAGUUGAAAAACGACGACAGGAAGCGAGCGGUUGUCCAUCUGAUGGAACCCGACCCUACCACUGGGAGGGAAACCAUUGAAUUCGACCUGAAGAAAACUGGAGACUCGUCUAUUCAGGACCAACUUCAAGAAUACGCCAACUCUAAAGAAAGGGCCGCCGACACGUAUAAAUUCAUAGAAAUAUUUUGGCCGAUUCCAUUGCUACAGGGUAAUGUUUUUAUCGUAGAUAGUCCCGGUGUUGGAGAGAACGAGUUUAUGAACAAGGUUGUGAUGGACUACCUUCCAAAAGCCUUUGCCUUCAUCUACGUCAUCAACAGUGGAAAUGCUGGCGGCGUGCAAGAAGGACGUCUCGAAAAACUUCUGAAAAUUCUCACCGACCCGAAGGACCGAGACCAACUGCAAAUGUUUGAUCCCGAGUCAGCCAUUUUUGUUUUCAACAAAUGGGACCAAGUGCCACCUGACGAAGAGGAAGAAGUUCGAAAGAAGACUCUGGAAAAAUUAAUGAGAUGUUGGCAGGGUCUGACGGAAAAGCAGGUGUUUUACCUGUCAGUAACUGAGGCUUUCAGAAACUUACGAGCGGGCGCAGGUUUUACUGAGGGAUACCAGAAACUUCUGGACGGGAUCCAGGAACUGGUUCCUAAAAGUCUUCAAACCAAACUCACGAAGCAUCAUAAGUGGAUCGAGUUCUUUGUCGGUAGACUGACUUACGUCAUUCGAACAAAAAUCAUGAACGCCAGAAGAACAAUGCAAGAGAAGCAGGAGAAAAAGGAAGAAAUCACAAAACGCCUUGACAAACUUCAGCGAACCUCUGACGACGUCCUCCUAAAAAUGACAAAUACUCUUGACGACAGAAUUGAAAAGAUCGUGGACGGCUUGCACCAGUUUCUUUCCAGUCCUUCCACAAUGGAGCGACUGAAUGAGUGGAACACGGCGGAACUUCCGGAUGGUGACGACAUGGACGACAUUGAGAACCGGGCGCGCACCAUGAUUCAAAAAGUGAUCACAGACGAGGUAAGAGACUGGGAGAGCGCCAACCACAACUUCAGCAAAGCUCGCCAAGAACUCUAUGAAUAUUUCAAGAGAGAGUUCAACUUUCUGGACGAGGAACUGCGCCGCGUCGAAGGGAGCCUGCAAGACGACGGGUUUUCGGGGGACGGGGCGCAAAAUGCUCUGCCGCAAAUGACAGACGAGCCGCUAUUUAAUUCGACUGAAAAGUUAGUCCUCGGACUUACAGCCCCCCUUUGGGUGCCUCUCGCUCUUGUGGCCACCAUCAUAGCAUUACCUAUUAUAGGGGGCAUAGCCAUCCGCGAGAAGGUGAAACAGGACAAACAACUCCGCGAAUAUAAGCAAAAUAAACUUGGAACAAUGAAAAAAUGGUUCAGAGAAACCAUUGAAGAUUUAGACUCUGAGGCCCUGAAGGAGAGGGUCGUCGAAAUCCAGCUGGCCAGCCUGCGUGAGAUCAUCGAACACAUUCGAAAAUUGAUCCCUCGCCUGAUCGACGCUGAUCGAAAACUGAUCGAGGACGUUGUGCACGAUGAGCGAAGUGAAGGAGAACUAGUCCGAAUUUUCAGCCCUCUGUAUAAACAGUGUGAAAGGCUGCACGGUCGCAUUCAACUGUUCCACGCUCGCUAUAUGAGGCAUUUUACAAUCCAUAAAUCUGACAUUAUCGAAAAGAAAUGGAUUGCCAGUGGAAGUUUUGCCGAGGUAUACGACGCCAGCGUCCGUAUUAAUGGGGAAGUCCAGCGGGUGGCUCUGAAACAAAUGAAGGAAGCCCUGAAGUACCACAAUGCCGGUGACUACUUUAUGGAAGAGGACACUUUAAUUCGACUUCAGGGCAGCCCAAAUAUCGUGGGCUACAUUGGUACUAUAUAUCAGACGGAACCAGACGAGCGACUGAUUAUGAUAACAGAGCUGUGCGCAANGUGA